GCGCGGAUAGUAACAAGGCAUGCUUGCUUUUCAGAGUCCUCCUUCCUGAACUUCCACGACUCGGACUGCGAGCCCCGGGGAUCGCUGCCCUGCGACUCUCUGCUCUCCCUCAACACGGAGAAGAUCCUGAGCCAGGCCAAGUCUAUCGCAGAACAGAAGAGAUUUCCGUUUGCUACUGACAACGACAGCACAAACGAGGAGUUAGCUAUUGCUUAUGUGUUGAUUGGCAGUGGUCUCUAUGAUGAAGCAAUAAGACAUUUCUCAACAAUGCUUCAGGAGGAGCCUGAUCUGGUUAGUGCCAUUUAUGGCCGAGGGAUAGCCUAUGGAAAGAAGGGCCUACAUGACAUUAAGAAUGCUGAGCUCGCUCUGUUCGAACUGAGCCGAGUCAUUGCCCUGGAACCAGACCGCCCAGAGGUAUUUGAGCAGCGAGCAGAAGUGAGUGUGGUUUUCUUUUCCCUCUGCCCUUCCCAGAUUAGUUCAGACUACGCCACGGCCCACGAGGACUUCCAGCAGUCCCUGGCGCUGAACAGGAACCAGCCCAUCGCCAUGCUGUACAAAGGACUGACUUUCUUCCACCGAGGACUCCUGAAGUUACCCCUGAGACGCGAGCUCAGGCCGCACUGUCCUGGCCGCCACUCCCUCACGGUUUCUUCCGCAGCCAUGGGCCUGGCCGCCCUGGAGGUCAUGCAGGCCGUGCAGCGGACCUGGACCAGCUCGAAGGUGCGCAUGAACGGGAAGACGCGGCUGAUGCAGUGGAGGGACAUGUUCGACAUCGCGGUGAAGUGGAGACGGAUUGCGGACCCAGACCAGCCGGUGCUGUGGUUAGAUCAGAUGCCGGCCCGCAGCCUGAGCAGAGGUUUCAACAACCACAUCAAUUUAAUCAGGGGGCAGGUGAUAAACAUGAGAUACCUGGAGUAUUUCGAGAAAAUUCUUCAUUUUAUUAAAGACAGAAUUCUAAUUUAUCACGGUGCCAAUAACCCCAAAGGCUUGUUGGAGGUGAGGGAAGCCCUGGAGAAGGUGCACAAAGUGGAAGACCUGCUUCCGAUCAUGAAGUUCAAUACUAAGACGAAGGAUGGGUUCACGGUGAACACCAAGGUCCCCAGCCUCAAGGACCAAGGGAAGGAGUACGAUGGCUUCACCAUCACCAUCACCGGCGACAAGGUUGGCAACAUACUAUUUUCUGUGGAAACUCAGACCACAGAAGAAAGGACGCAGUUAUAUCACGCGGAAAUCGACGCCCUCUACAAAGACCUGACAGCCAAGGGGAAAGUGCUCAUUCUCUCGUCGGAGUUCGGGGAGGCUGACGCUGUUUGCAACUUAAUCUUAUCCUUAGUUUAUUACUUUUAUAAUUUAAUGCCACUCUCUCGAGGAUCCAGUGUGAUCGCGUACUCGGUGAUCGUGGGGGUGCUGAUGGCCAGCGGCAAGGAAGUGGCUGGGAAGAUCCCCAAGGGCAAGCUGGUGGACUUUGAAGCCAUGACAGCCCCUGGUUCCGAGGCCUUCAGCAAAGUAGCCAAAAGCUGGAUGAACUUGAAAAGCAUUUCGCCUGCUUACAAGGCCCUGCCCUCCGUGUCGGAGACGUUCCCCACGCUGCGGUCCAUGAUCGAGGUGCUGAACGCCGACUCCUCGCCGCGCUGCCUGCAGCAGCUCUAGCCGCGCUGCGGGGUUGGCACAGUAAAGGGCGGACUCGUGCUUCUUAAGUUAUUUUUUAAAACGUGGAAUUACAAAGAAAUUAGGUCCUUUAUUACUUUUGAUACCAAUUUUUGAUAGGAAUUGAAUACUUGAAAUCGUUCUCUUUACUUUCGGAACCAGAACAGAAAUCAUGAGAGGUUUGGGGGAGGGAAGGCGAGUGUACUAGCCGGUGGCUUGUGGCUUCCGCUUAAAAGUCCUACAGCUCCUCCCUUACAGCAAAAACGUUUACUUCACAACCAAAAACUAAUAAUGAAAAGGAACAGAACCAGCUGCAGCGGGAGUGUUUGCCUCCCUGUCCAGGUCUGCGUUUUCCCAAGGCUUUUUUUUUUUUUAUGCACAUCUUGCCGGGCGUCUGGCUCCGACUCCUGUGACCUCACGUGCCGGCUCUCCCUGAGGCUUCCGUGGGGGUGCCAGCCGUCAGCGCAGCGCGGAGCCCGCAGCCGGGAGCUCGGCGUUGAAUGGUGCGGACGGUUUUUGCCAGCGACCGAAACACUGAAUUAUCGAACCAUGUUUUUUUUUUUCCUCUUUGUUGGGAAAAAUAAACAGGGGUGAUUUCUCUGAAUCACUGGUGUUAGACACUGGAUCACGUAUGCUUUUAUUUUGUGAACGAGUUUCACUUCAGGCAUAAGAGCAUUCAGAAAAGUACUGAUGAUUUUUUGCAGACAGGGUACAUGACCGUGAGUGAAAUGGGCUCAUUAAACUUGCCAUUUCCAACUCG